AUGCAUCUUACCGGAUCGAGUGGAGAGCACUCUCUUUUGAGGAACGAACCAGCUACAUUGAAGCUGUCAAUUGCCUGGCUCGUACUCCGUCUGUUCUGGGAGGCAAUGCCUUCCGAGAUGGCCGCGCUCACAGUCCACAUAGCGCAUGGAAAGGCUGCAUUCUUUUCUUGGCAUAGAAGGUUUAUCUCAGUGUAUGAGCAGUACCUCAAAGACAAGUGCACCUACACAGGCGCUCUUCCGUACUGGGACUGGACCCUGGACUGGGAAAACCUCCCAGGUUCCCCGAUAUUUUCAGCCGUUGCUGGAUUCGGUGGGAAUGGGGACCACACAGCACCCAAGGGCGUAGGCGACGGACAUUGCGUGACCGACGGCCCAUUUGCAGAUCUCCACCCCUUGUUUUAUGGCUCAACUUUGCGGCCGCACUGCUUGUCGCGCGGCUUUACAGACUUCCAUGGACGAAACGCCAGCCCGGCGGUGGUGCAGGAGGUUCUGGGCUCGGCAGACUACGAGACCUUCUUCCUGGCUGUCGAGAAUGGUCCUCAUAAUGUGGCGCCGAAUGGAAUUCGAGGAGACUUUUAUAGCUUCACAGCCCCCUACGACCCAAUCUUUUACCUCCAUCAUGCGCAGUUGGACCGCUUAUGGUUUCUGUGGCAGAGAAAAGACGCGGGACAUCGGCUGAGAGAGUACACUGGGCGGACUGACACCAGCAAUGCUGCCAGUCUUGAAGACCUCCUAGUGCUGGGCGGCCUGGCGCCUGAUAUCACUGUCUCCCAGGUCAUGGAUACAGAAGGGGCUGAACUGUGUUACCGAUACUCUUUAAGUUGA